AUGUAUUUAUUCGACGUACUCAAAGCUUGGCACUAUUUCCGUGAAGGCCGUACACAAUUGGAAGAUGUGCUCCGGAGGCCAGGACGCAUUCGACCCAUCAACGAGACCCAAGGUCUACCUAAAGACCAAGCUAUCGAAAAAGUCCUGUAUUGGUCAUUUGUCAAAUUCGAGUGCAUAAGUCACCUUGAUUUUCAGGCAGAUGCACUGUCUGCACCUUUGGAUAUUAGUGCCCACAGGGAGUGGAAGCCGCGAGAGAAACGGAGCUUGCUAUACUUUCAAGCCGAAAUCGACCUUCGAAGAAUAAUGAAUCAAGCUUUCACAGCGAUGGGGGCAGAAGGAAGCUCAGGUUGGAUCCAAAAUUUCAAGCAAAUCCUGUCAUCCUAUCAUAUUUUAAACGAACGGUUGAAUUCUUGGUACGCUGCGCUGCCAUCCCAAGUGAAACGAGACCUGGAGAUGAGCCGAGACCCUACUAUUAAGCUAUUUAAUAAGAUCGAACCCAUAGACGAGUUAGCCCAUCAGCUUCACAUGCGCUUCUUGAAUUUCCAGGAAUGGAUUCAUCGUCCAUUUCUUUACUACGUGAUUCACCAACCCACCCAUGAUCCAUAUAUACGGCAAGCUGCGCCCCUAGCUAGGAAAUGCCUCGAAUUUGGCAUGGACAUUCAACUGAAGGGUCAACCCAAUUGGGGCAGCAUUCAUAUUCACGAAAGACUCUGGUUAGAGCUUCGUGGUGCACUCACACAGGGGGUCUUAUUGAUCGGGGCAAUCUGCAGCAAGAAACUUGAUAUACCGGAGGGACGGAAUGUGACUAUGUCUAGGACAGGAUCACUCUGGGCAAGACGGUGUGCAGACCUAAAUGCGGCUGUUGAUGUCUACGACGUCUUGAUGGAAACAGCUGGGCGUGAUCUGUAUGCGGAAUGA